AUGGCUAACGGGUGGAGUCUUCUGGUCGGCCUCCUCUUCAUCUUGGCCUUCUGCGCCGUAUCCUGGUUCGCCAGUCCCAAGGGCGAGACACAAACUGUCUGGCGUUCAACCCUCAUCCUCUCGGCCUGGAGCUGCUACCUCAUGUGGGGUAUGUUUUCGUCCCUCGAGUCGCUGGACCAUCUGGCUGACUGUUCCCAUANNGCUAUCACCUUCCUAGCCCAGUGGCAUCCCCUCAUCCAGCCCCAGCGAAGCGAUCUGAGACCCGAGUACGUCCACAGAGAUUAG